CCCGAUGUUUUCUUGUAGUGAUAUAUCAAUAGAUUCGGAUAGACUUAAGAGUUGAUGGUGUUUUCUUUUCUAACAAAAUUUCAAAUUGAUGGAUUGACGAAAAAGAAACAAAUGAUUGACAAAAAAAAGCAGUAAGUGUAAACAACUGGAAAAUAAUAUAAACAUAGUAAGCGGUUUGUUUGGGUAAAAAUACAAACACAAAUUCAGGUAAGUCACGUCUUCUUAGAAAUUCAAUCUGUUUUCUUUUUUCUUUUAAUCGUAAAACAAUGCUCCAAUAAGAACGCUCUACAUUUUGUUUGUUCUUUAAUUUGUUUAAUUGUUCAAUUUGUAAUUCCUACAAAAAAAAAAGUGGAUAUUGGCAUGGUGCAUAUAAUUUUAUUUUUAUAUUGAAUGUUAGUUAUAGUACUUGACCUAAAAAAGAAUAACUCGGUUCAACAGAACGUGUGUUGCAUCUAUCCAUCGUCGAAUUAUAAACCUUAUAACUAAUACAUCUUUUUGAACACAUCUUUUUAACUAAUACCUAAAUUCAACUUUUCGUAGACAAAUCAGUCACAUGCUUUGAGAUUAUGUUAGUUUGAGAACCAUCCCUUUUCUUUGCGUCGAUAUAGAAUACGGGUAUGUACAUUGUACUUAGAAACAUGCAGAUAAUUUAUUCAGGCAUGUCAUAAUCCAUAACCACGACGUCAAAACUCUUAUUAUAAGACGUUACCUAAUCUCAAAUUUAUGCAGCUCGGCGACUUAAAUGAAAACCAUCAAUUUUUUCAACAUAUUAUAUAGAUAUCCAAGCUUCAAAACUAGACGUGGUUGCCAUGCAUUUUGUAGUACCCGGAACGACGGGCAUAAGCAAACUUAUAAUUAUGUUGACUAAUUUUUUCAUCAAGAAUUAUUGUACGUCAUAUUCAUAUCUAUUACGUUUUUUUCUGUAAGAAUAUCAAUUAGGUAGUUCAAUGAUUAAUUUUCUGUAUUUUAGGAUUGCAAAACCUAUACAUUCCAAGUUGUUCACUGUAGUUUCAAUUAUUAUUGUCAUUUUAAUCAUUCUAAAUGACAUUUUUAUGAUAAAGAGGUUUUGGACUCGUGAACUUAUACACCUCUUCUUAUGGUCCAGCUCUUUCCUCUUCUCUAUCCAGUUAGCUAGGGAAAUUUGUAUAUGGUCUUCUAAGUCAUUAGGUUGCUUUCUCCUUUCCCUUCUACUUUGUUUAGUUUUAUUUUUCGUUUCUCUACCACUAGUCUAUCUUUGUAAUUUCUGUCAAAAAGAAAAGCUUUGGUAUAAAAUUAAAAACUUAUACCGAAAAAAACUUAUACAUCUCGUAAGACAAGACUUAAACCAUAUAUUUAACAAUAAAAGACUCUUUCCAAUGUGAACAGAAUCGGUGAUCUCAAGGUUUAUACAUUUUUGUUAACCAAGAAACUUAACCACUAGAUCAACUUAUCACUGAUCUUAGAAAAAGUUUUGGGUUUUAAUUAAUGUUUUAAAGGAUAUGAAAAUGAACGAAAAUAUAUUUUGCAUGUAGUUUUUUGUUUGAAACUAAACUACUAACCAUAAAUAUUAAACAACUAUAAAAUCUGAUGUACGCUUUUUACACAAUGCUUUUGUGUUUUUUUUUUCUCAAAAAAGUGAAUUAAGUUUUUUUCUCAAAACACAAAACACGAUGAGAAAAGUAUUAAAAAUGGCCAAUCAAUUUUUGUCGAAGCUAGAUUUGAUUAUAAAUAUACUAUUAUCAAGAACAAACUAAUCUAGAAAAGACUCCAUGUUACUAAAUAUUUAUGUCCCAUAGUUGAUUAAUAUUUUGAUAAUAUGAUGCAUAUCUAAAUGAUAUAAAGUACAAUAUAAACUCUGCAAAUUAAUAUUUGAUAAAUUAAUAAACACGAUAAAUUAAUAAAUAAAUUUGGUUCUAAGUUGUACUAGUACAAAAUCGAUAAAAUAAGAAGAUGAUAAUAUUUAAAAAACACUCAAAUAUAUAUAUAUAUAUAUAUAUAUAUAUAUAUAUUUCAUUAAAAACAUGAUUAAUAAUUACUAUGUAUAAAAUUUAUAUAAACAUAAUAAAACAUUUUAAUUUAAAUUUUUAAUAAAUGGAUUUUAUUUUGAACUUUAUAUUUAGUUAUAAAUUUUUUGUUAUACUAUUGUAUUACAUAAAAAGUGUUUGUAUUUAGUUACACAUAUUCAAGAUGUAUAAAAUAUAUAAAAUGUUCUGAUAGAAAACAUGUGAUUUAAAUAUAUAAAUUUAAUCGAUCUAUUUUGAAUUAAAACAUUUUUCUAUUUAAAAUAAAUUUAUAAAAUAUAAAUCUAUACAUAUUUUAAAAAAACUAAUAAAACUAAAAACUAAUAAAUUAUUAUAAUUUGACAUUAAUUUAUAGAGUUUUGUGUAUUUUUUUAAACCACAAACAGUUAGUAGGGUACAUUUUUCUAAAAAAUUAACUGAAAAUAUAUUUUUUUUUUCUUGCAAAAUAGCUGGUCUCGGAGAUCUAAGCAAAACACAACUGAAAAUAUAUUUAACGUGUAAAGAUAAUAAUGGUAGACUAGAGAUAUUAUUCUCAACGUUUUUUAUAAAUGUGUAAAUAUGAUUACAACAGUAGAAAACUAGGGAGUCUUAAAAUAACUAUUACAAAGUAUGCACUCUAACAAAAAAAUACAUUAGAUUAUCGAGAGGUAUAUAAAAUUUGGUCAGAAGGAACUGCAAAGUGGUAAUUUACCAACCAAAAGUAUGAAGGCUAAGGCGGUAAGACCAUUAUUAACCCUAGUCUCUUAACUGGAGUUCUUAGCUUCGGAUAAGAGACGGUUCUUAGGUUUUUUUAGAUUUUAACUAAGAAAAAUUAAGAAUCAUCUCUUAAAUAAAAGAUAUAAUAACCGUCUCUUAGCUGAAAAAUGUAAAAAAAAGUGUUAAAUGAUGAGUGAAGAAUCCCGGCCAACCGGGAUUAACGAUGCCCUAAAUAAUGUUUUAAAGUCAACCUAAUAUCACGGAAGACAACAUAUAGAAGACGGCGUUAAAUUAUAUGUUCCCGCCGUAACAGAUAUCCUAACGUCGAGCAAUAUAAUAGUUUAACGGAGUUAAGCGCCUUCUUUCCACCUUCGUUGCUUGCCUAUAUAUAAGCAUAUUGUAAUCUUCAGCUUGUCCAAGUUACAUAUCUCUCUCUACUCCUUUCCUCUUCAUCAUACACAAAGGAGAGAGAGCUUCAAUAUAUUUAACAAUGGCGGUCUCGAGAAAUCUCUUAGCUCUCUCAGCAAGUCUACUUGUUCUUGCAUUCUUUGUCUGUGUAAAUGCAUCGACAAGAGCUCACGAAACAGAGGAGCUUAAGUCUCAGAGCCUGACUAAUUCAUCAACGGCUGAUAAUUUAAGCGACAGUGCAUGGAAUGAACACGCCGUUGAAAACCCAGAAGAAGUAGCUGCAUUGGUCGAUAUGACGAUAAGGAACAGCACGGAGCGGAGGAAGCUAGGAUUCUUCUCAUGCGCCACCGGAAACCCAAUCGACGAUUGCUGGCGAUGUGAUCGGAACUGGCACCUCCGUCGCAAGCGUCUCGCCAACUGCGCCAUCGGUUUUGGCCGCAACGCCGUCGGAGGACGCGACGGUCGUUACUACGUCGUCACAGAUCCAUCGGACAACGACGUGAUUAACCCGAGACCGGGAACGCUCCGUCACGCCGUGAUUCAAGAUCGUCCGUUAUGGAUCGUAUUCAAACGGGACAUGGUGAUCAUCCUGAAACAGGAGCUGAUCAUGAACAGCUUCAAGACCAUCGACGGAAGAGGCGUGAAUGUCGCGAUCGCGGGAGGCGCGUGUAUCACGAUCCAGUAUGUGACGAAUAUUAUUAUACAUGGGAUUAAUAUCCAUGAUUGUAGACGGACGGGUAACGCUAUGGUGAGAAGCUCUCCGUCGCAUUACGGGUGGAGGACGAUGGCGGACGGUGACGCGAUUUCCAUAUUCGGGUCGAGUCAUAUUUGGAUUGAUCAUAAUUCUUUGUCUAAUUGUGCUGAUGGGUUGAUUGAUGCGAUUAUGGGAUCUACAGCCAUUACCAUCUCCAAUAACUAUCUCACUCAUCACAACGAGGUUAUGUUGAUGGGACACAGUGAUUCAUACACAAGAGACAAGGUGAUGCAAGUGACAAUAGCAUACAAUCAUUUUGGAGAGGGGCUUAUACAGAGAAUGCCAAGGUGUAGGCACGGUUAUUUCCAUGUUGUAAACAAUGAUUACACACACUGGGUAAUGUAUGCGAUUGGUGGAAGUGCUAACCCAACCAUCAACAGCCAAGGCAAUCGGUUCCUUGCCCCAGCAAACCCUUUUGCCAAAGAGGUGACAAAGAGGGUAGGUUCAUGGCAAGGAGAAUGGAAGCAAUGGAACUGGAGAUCGCAGGGAGACUUAAUGCUCAAUGGUGCUUACUUCACUAGAUCUGGAGCUGCUACUCCUGCAAGCUAUGCCAGAGCCUCUAGCUUGGGAGCUAAACCAUCUUCCGUUGUAAGUAUGCUUACCUACAGCUCUGGUGCCCUCAAAUGCAGGAUUGGUAUGCGGUGUUAGCUAAUUCUAUAACCCUCAAAGCCAAGACCUAAAAAGAUAUCUGAAUAGCUAAGGGAAACAAAGAAGAAAAAUAACUUGUUUUCUUCGCUCCCGUGUUUUACUUUUUCACUGUGUCCUUUUCUCUUCCUUGUACCAUCGUAGUGUCCUUCCUAUCCAUAUCUACUCGUCAACCUGGGCCGGCUUUCAUGAGCCACAGUGUUGUUCGAUUUCCUAUUGUAGUACAGUGCAUUCUUCUUCUUCCUUAUUACUCUUUUGGUGUAUCAUCCUUGUAUCAUAUAUUCUUCUACCAAUGUAAUGCCUUUUAUAACUGCGUUUGUUA